GGCAGACACAGAGAGGGGAGCUGAGACCCUCGGAACGCCCCACGCAGAGCCCCCUCCCACUAGCCAGGAGAGGGGUGCGCGGACCCCCCAGAGCUGCCCCCGCCCCCCAUUCCGGGCUCCGAGAGCUCAGCGGGAACGCCUUAGUCGGCUCGCCCGGCGUAGUCCCCCCAACCCGCGUACGCCCCCCUCCCCGGGUCCGAGGGGGACUUGCGAAGCACCUCGGCGCGGAGGCAGGGAACCCGAGCCUUGGAGAGACCCAACCUCUUGUCUCGCUGUCUGUCCGUGCCUGGAGCCGGGCGCAGGGACCCCAGCAAACUCAGAGACCAAACCGCGAAGGACCCAAGCGGCAGGCGGCUGACCUGGCAGCGAAGCGGCGCGCGGGGGUGCGGCGCGCCGGGGUGCAGCGCACCGGCCACGGAGCAGGGGAACCGUGUCUUCCCCCAAGCCCUCGGCUCCAACCCUGGGUGCCCGCCGCCUCCCCAGCUCCGCUGCGCUCUCGGCUCUGGGGCCAGCGCCGGUGAUGUCGAGCGGAGCCUCCAGUCCUCCGACCCGCUGAAGAAACAGUAGCCGCUUGCUCGGGGCCGACGGGGACUGUGCGAGCGGAUCGUGUUUGGCAGAGGCUCGAGCUACGGAGCGCGGGGACUCCGGGGGGAGGGGGGAGGGACCGCUCUGUCCGCGCCCGGUCGCCAGCCACGGCUUUAAAGGGUCUCCUUGCCCGGCCCCUUAGCAGCUCCGCUACGGACUCCGAGAGGCUUCGGGCGGCGUCCUGGGGCUCCCCACCCGACCCGAUCGGACUUGAGAAGGUGAUCGCUCUGCUUUCCCUGCCUCCUUCCCGCCUCCUAACCCCCACUUAACUUUUUGUCUCCACUCGCCUGCAGCUCUGUUCCCUCCCCGCAAACCCACCCGCGGCUGUGCCAACUGCCUGGGGCAUGGGCCCUCCAACGCGGCUCCUGGAGGCCCCGCGGCGCAGCAAGAUGUGAGAGGCCGGUGCGGGGCAGAGCCAAAGCUUCGGGAGAGGAGCUGAUAGCCCCCAGCCUCCACAGGCCAGGAGAGGCGGCGGUGCGCGCUGCGCCCCCGCGGUGCUGAGCGUCCCGGAGCGCCCGACCCAGGGCCGGAACGAGUAGCUGGCCGGCGGCGCGCGGCGGAGAGCAGGCUGUCAUGCCCUACUGAUUCCCCCACCCCCCGCCAAGUAUGUUUGGGCUGGACCAAUUCGAGCCCCAGAUCAACAGCAGGAACGCUGGCCAGGGCGAGAGGAACUUUAACGAGGCCGGACUAAGCAUGAACACCCACUUUAAGGCCCCGGCUUUCCAUGCGGGGGGACCCCCUGGCCCCGUGGACCCCGCCAUGAGCGCGCUGGGCGAGCCCCCGAUCUUGGGCAUGAACAUGGAGCCUUACGGCUUCCACUCGCGCGGCCACUCGGAGUUGCACGCGGGGGGGCUGCAGGCGCAGCCGGUGCACGGAUUCUUCGGAGGCCAGCAGCCGCACCACGGCCACCCGGGAGGCCACCACCCCCACCAACAUCACCCUCACUUCGGGGGCAACUUUGGUGGCCCGGACCCAGGGGCCUCGUGCCUGCACGGGGGUCGCCUGCUCGGCUACGGCGGCGCCGGCGGCCUGGGCAGCCAGCCGCCCUUCGCCGAGGGUUAUGAUCACAUGGCGGAGAGCCAGGGGCCUGAGAGCUUCGGUCCGCAGCGACCCGGGAACCUCCCGGACUUCCACAGUUCGGGCGCCUCAGGCCACGCCGUGCCUGCCCCAUGCCUGCCGCUGGAUCAGAGCCCUAACCGAGCCGCCUCCUUCCACGGCCUGCCCGCCUCCAGCGGCUCUGAUUCCCACAGCCUGGAGAACCGGAGGGUGGCGAACCAAGGAGCCGUCGACUCUCUGGAAUACAAUUACCCGGGCGAGGCGCCCUCGGGACAUUUCGACAUGUUUUCGCCUUCCGACUCCGAGGGGCAGCUGCCUCAUUAUGCGGCGGGUCGCCAGGUUCCCGGGGGCUCUUUCCCGGGUGCCUCGGCCAUGCCCAGAGCCGCGGGCAUGGUGGGUUUGUCCAAAAUGCACGCUCAGCAGCAGCAGCAGCAGCAGCAGCAACAGCAGCAGCAGCAACAGCAGCACGGCGUGUUCUUCGAGAGGUUCGGCGGGGCCCGCAAGAUGCCCGUGGGCUUGGAGCCGGGCGUAGGCGCGAGGCACCCGCUGAUGCAGCCUCCCCAGCAGGCCCCGCCGCCCCCGCAGCAGCAGCCCCCGCAGCAGACUCAGCCGCCGCCUCCGCCGCCCGGGCUUCUGGUCCGACAGAAUUCUUGCCCGCCUGCGCUCCCGCGGCCCCCGCAGGGCGAGGCGGGCACGCCCAGCGGCAGCCUGCAGGACGGAGGCCCCAUGCUGCCCAGCCAGCACGCGCAGUUCGAGUACCCCAUCCACAGGCUGGAGAACCGGAGCAUGCACCCUUACCCCGAGCCCGUGUUCAACAUGCAGCAUCCCCCGCCGCAGCAGGCGCCCAACCAGCGGCUGCAGCAUUUCGACGCGCCCCCCUACAUGAAUGUGGCCAAGAGGCCGCGCUUUGACUUCCCCGGCAGCGCGGGAGUGGAGCGCUGCGCUUCGUGGAACGGCAGCAUGCACAACGGCGCUCUGGACAACCACCUCUCGCCCUCCGCCUAUUCGGGGCUCCCCGGCGAGUUCACGCCGCCCGUCCCUGACAGCUUCCCCUCGGGGCCACCCCUGCAGCACCCGGCCCCGGACCACCAGUCCCUGCAGCAGCAGCAGCAACAGCAGCAGCAGCAGCAGCAGCAGCGCCAAAACGCGGCCCUCAUGAUCAAGCAGAUGGCGUCGCGGAAUCAGCAGCAGCGGCUGCGCCAACCCAACCUGGCCCAGCUAGGCCACCCCGGGGACGUAGGCCAGGGUGGCCUGGUGCACGGCGGCCCGGUGGGCGGCUUAGCCCAGCAGAACUUUGAGCGCGAAAGUGGCGGCGCGGGCGCGGGGCGCCUGGCUACCUUCGAGCAGCAAGCGCCGCACUUGGCGCAGGAGAGCGCGUGGUUCCCAGGUCCUCACCCGCCCCCGGGUGACCUGCUGCCCCGCAGGAUGGGCGGCUCGGGCCUGCCGGCUGAGUGCGGCCCGCACGACCCCGGGCUGGCGCCACCCCCUCCGCCCGGUGGCUCUGGGGUGCUGUUCCGGGGCCCUCUGCAGGAGCCGCUGAGGAUGCCCGGAGAAGGCCACGUGCCCGCGCUGCCCUCCCCUGGCCUGCAGUUCGGGGGCAGCCUGGCGGGCCUGGGCCAACUGCAGUCCCCCGGGGCCGGAGUGGGGCUGCCUAGCGCUUCCUCCGAGCGCCCCGACUUCCAGUCCAGCCAGCGCACCUCGGCCAGCAAACUGGGCGCGCUCUCGCUCGGCUCCUUCAACAAGCCCAGCUCCAAGGACAACCUGUUCGGCCAGAGCUGCCUGGCUGCGCUCUCCACCGCCUGCCAGAACAUGAUCGCCAGCCUCGGCGCCCCCAACCUCAACGUGACCUUCAACAAGAAGAACCCGCCUGAGGGGAAGAGAAAACUGAGCCAGAACGAGACCGACGGCGCGGCCGUGGCCGGCAACCCGGGCUCGGAUUACUUCCCCGGAGGGACUGCUCCUGGGGCCCCAGGGCCCGGAGGCCCGUCGGGGACCAGUAGCGGUGGCUCCAAAACCUCGGGGCCGCCCAACCCUCCCAGCCAGGGGGACGGCACCAGCCUGUCCCCCAACUACACCCUGGAAUCAACGUCGGGGAACGAUGGCAAGCCGGUCCCCGGGGGCGGGGGCCGGGGCCGGGGUCGCAGAAAAAGGGACAGUGGUCACGUGAGCCCGGGGACUUUCUUCGACAAGUACUCGGCGGCGCCGGACAGCGGGGGNGCGCCCGGGGUGAGCCCGGGGCAGCAGCAGGCCCCGGGUGCAGCCGUCGGGGGAAGCUCGACGGGCGAGGCGCGCGGGGCGCCGACGCCGCACGAGAAGGCGCUCACCUCGCCGUCGUGGGGGAAGGGAGCCGAGCUGCUCCUGGGGGACCAGCCGGACCUCAUGGCGUCCCUGGACGGCGGAGCCAAGUCGGAUGGUAGUUCCCCGCACGUGGGUGAGUUCGCCUCAGACGAGGUGAGCACCAGCUACGCCAAUGAGGACGAGGUGUCAUCCAGCUCUGACAACCCCCCGGCCCUGGCCAAAGCGAGCAGGAGCCCCAUGGUGACAGGCUCGCCCAAACUCCCUCCCCGGGGGGUGGGCGCAGGGGAACACGGACCGAAGGCGCCCCCGCCCCCGCUCGGCCUCGGCAUCAUGUCUACCUCUACCUCCACCCCUGACAGCUACGGCAGCGGCGGGGGCACCGGCCACCCCGGCACGCCUGGCCUGGAGCAGGUCCGGACCCCUACGAGCAGCAGCGGCGCGCCGCCGCCUGAUGAGAUCCACCCCCUGGAGAUCCUCCAGGCACAGAUCCAGCUGCAGAGGCAGCAGUUCAGCAUCUCCGAGGACCAGCCUCUGGGGCUCAAGGGGGGCAAGAAGGGCGAGUGCGCCGUGGGGGCCUCCAGCGCGCAGAAUGGGGACAGCGAGCUGGGCAGCUGCUGCUCCGAGGCUGUCAAGAGCGCCAUGAGCACCAUCGACCUGGACUCCCUGAUGGCAGAGCACAGCGCCACCUGGUACAUGCCGGCCGACAAGACCUUGGUGGACGGUGCAGAUGACGACAAGACGCUGGCACCCUGGGAGAAGGCCAAACCCCAGAACCCCAACAGCAAAGAAGCCCAUGACCUCCCCGCGAACAAGGCCUCAGCAGCCCAGCCUGGCAGCCACUUGCAGUGCCUGUCUGUCCACUGCACAGACGACGUGGGCGAUGCCAAGGCCCGAGCCUCCGUGCCCACCUGGCGGUCCCUGCAUUCUGAUAUUUCCAACAGAUUCGGGACAUUCGUGGCCGCCCUAACUUGAAUUGACGAGAAUGCCCCCUCUCCCGCCAGGCCCUUCCCUCCCCCCUCUC